CCUCUCCGCCGCCGCUCCGGAGGACGGUCCCGCUGUGAAGAGGAUGGCUGUGACCUUAGAGCAGGCCCAGCGGGUGGGCUACACCUUCCUGAAGGCACUCCUCAGGUUCGCUUUUAUGGUCGCCAAUAACCUGGUCGCUAUUCCGUCCUACGUCCUGUAUUUAAUUGUCCUGCAGCCUCUGCGAGUGUUGGAUAGCGAGAGCUUCUGGUACAUCGAAGGAGUGUUGUUUAAAUGGCUCUUAGCUAUGGUGGCUUCCUGGGGCUGGUGGGCAGGAUACACAGUAGUGGAAUGGGGUGAUGAUGUUAAAGCGGUAUCAGAAGAUGAAGCUGUGGUGCUGGUGAACCAUCAAGCAACGGGUGAUGUCUGCACUCUGAUGAUGUGCCUUCAGGAUAAAGGCACGGUGGUCCGUCAGAUGAUGUGGCUGAUGGAUCAUAUUUUUAAGUAUACUAAUUUUGGCACUGUCUCAUUAAUCCAUGGAGACUUCUUUAUAAGACAGGGAAAAGCACACCGUGACCAGCAGCUUGUGUUACUCAAGGAGCACCUAGAAAAGUAUUACCGGAGCCGCAAUCGGAAAUGGAUUGUUUUAUUUCCAGAGGGUGGCUUUCUUAGGAAAAGGAGGGAAACAAGCCAGGCUUUUGCCAAGAAAAACAAUUUGCCAUUUCUUCAGCAUGUCACCCUACCAAGACUCGGGGCAACUCAAGUGAUUCUGAAAACGCUUGUGGCUCCACAAGAAAAUGGAACUCCUGCAGGUGGAGAUGCUGUGAUAAAAGAGAGCAAAUCAAAAGGUCUCCAGUGGGUGAUAGAUACAACCAUUGCAUAUCCCAAAGGUGAACCUAUAGACAUCCAAACCUGGAUUCUUGGCUACCGACAACCAACAGUCACACAUGUACACUACAGGAUUUUUCCAAUUAAAGAUGUACCUGCAGAGCCUGAAGCUCUCUCACAAUGGCUGUAUCAACGAUUCAUUGAAAAGGAGGAUCUCUUGACCCAUUUCUAUGAAACAGGAGCUUUUCCUCCACUGCAGGGUCAAACGAAAGCUGUUUCUCGGGAGAUGACCCUCAGCAAUCUGUGGCUAAUCGGCAUACAAUCACUUGCAUUCUUGUCAGGCGGUAUGUGGUACUGCAUCUUACAGUAUUUUUAUCAUUGCCUAUUUUAAAAGUGGAAUGGGACCUGAGGACACAGUGGGAAUCGAGGCUCUUGCAAAUGAGUACCAUGUUGUAUGUGCAAAUGUGAGUAUACAAGAGUAAAGGAGAAUACUGGACGGACUCUUACCUCUCUUUGGAGAAAUUUUAAACUCCACUGAAGAAGAUCAGUAACAUAGUGACCUGAUGAUGUAUUAUUUUAAGAAUUGUCUGUAUUUUUAAAAAGUGUAUACUCUCACCCACACUUAAGCAAAUUCAGCAUUUGGACAAAAGGUGCAAUCGUACAACCACCAUAGAAGAAUGUCUGCAACAAGAAAACUGUCACCUAAGUAUUUCUUGGCGUUGUAGUUAGAGUUCAGAAAACUCAGCAACUUGUCUCUUCAGUAGUCUGUGCAGCAUUGGUGUGGUAGAGAUUCCUCAUUUGCACAAACGUGUGCUUUACUGCAGCUCAUUGUGCUGGAGCCAGAGACAUCAGCGGAGCUGAUGGCAGCAUCUUUGCCACUGCUCAGUCAGCAGUUGUUGUCUCAAACCAAGACCCCAACAGGGUCCUGUUCAGGUGUGUUUUGUGAGGAAUCAGUCCUUAAAAAAGCAUUGCCUCAUCAUAGUGUGAUUAGAAGUUAUUCAUAUUUGAUGAAUCAGCCCAUCCCUGCUGUGGUCUUACCAUCAGCUAACCAAAUUCUGUGUGCUACCCGUAGUUCAUAUUAUGAGGAAGCCUGGAAAAUACUUGUCACUUAAUCUGUUUCUCCCUUUGUUCAGAAUACAUCUAGUUGAUCAUUGUCACUUUUCUAAAUGCACUUUUAAAGGUGAAAAUACAGUGAAAGAAAGACAGAGGGAGUAGGGGAAAGCUUUAUCUGCCAUGCAUUGACCAAUUGCCAGAGCAAUGCCAGCUGUUUCUGAAGGUCUGCUGGUGCUGCUGGUGAUUUUUAGCCACCUUUGUACUUUGUAUACUGCAGUCCAACCAAGGUGACCUUUGAGUGGUUUAUAGAGGCCUUUUUCUCCCCUGCUAGUUGCAAUAGCACUAAAUGUACUUGGGAGAAUUUAAAUGAUUCAAUGCCAACCAUCUUAAUGUUUUGCUAAGAAAUAACAGAGGAAAACUAGUUUCUUAGAAAAAUACAUAUUAAAAAAAAAAAGUAGGUGUAAUUGCUACCAUGAAUCUAUGUGAGGAUAUCACUACAAAAGAAAAGAAAAAGCAAUGGUAAAUCAUCUGAGUGACUAUAUGAAGGGCAGUAUUAAUUAGCUCACCAGCAUGCUAAAAAUCAUAAUGAAAUAAUGUGUUCAUUUUAAAGGCAAACCAGAAGUUCAGCUCCAUUUUCAGAUGUAUAAUACAAGAUACUUUCAAAAGGGAGUUUGCAAUGUGUGUCCUGACCCUGGCUGGUCUUGUUGGCAUUGUCUUUGUGUGAUUAUACACAGAUUUGAGAUAGCUGUUCCUAAAAUAAAAUUAAUCUCUCUAAAUACGAGCAGGAGAGCCAGAACUUGAGGUGUGGCAUGCUGCCUUUUAUAUGUUGAUUUUACUGAGAAUCAAGUAAGCCCUCAGUGGUUUUGGCUCUGAGUUAGUAAUAUUGAUCACCCUUCUCCUGCUAUAUGAAUCUGUGGGUGGCAUGCAGAAACAAACUCAGUCAGUGGUUCCUUUGGAGGAACGGGAUGAGCAUACUAAAAUAUGAGGCAGUGCUGAUUUCCCAGAUGUAAUUGAAAAACCCUUUGUCAAAUUUGCCACUUCUCUUUCUCUCUGAAAUCAGUUUUAUCUUAAAGUAGGUCUGUGAUGGCUGUGAAACCAUAGGCCAUGACAGGUUCCCCCAGUCUGUGAGUCCCCUCAUGCACUUAUGUAUCACUGCAGUGGGAAGGCAAAGGACAGCAUUUAUCUAGAUAGAGCCUUAAUAUUUUAUUUAAGAUGCUGUCUCUAAAUCCCACCUGUCUUACACCUAGCCCCAUACCUGAAUGCUGCCAUAACAUAAAUCCACUCGAGAAGAGGUAUGCUCUGAAAAGGGAGCAUAACUUCUUUUCUGUUGCUCUUGCUAAAUCGCAGCUGAUGGGAUGAAUGUAUUUCAUCUGCCUUUUUCCAGGCAGGUUCUGGGGCAGCCCCAUCAGGUGUGAGCGAUUAGUCUGCAGCACCUGGGCACAAAUGGACUCUCAAAACUGCAAAAUGCAGGUGGUGAGCUAAUUAUCUCUGUCCUCCACGGAGUGGGUUGAUCAGAGCACAGAGAUGCCCUUAUUUUACAGCUGUUUUAAUACGAGAUAGAACAGACUGGAGUGAUAAUAUAAGCAGAUUGCACAGCAGUAACUUGCAUCAGGAGGCUGUUUGUAAUAGGCCCAGUAAACUCCAUGUAAGAGCAUAUGCUUUCUUUUUUUUUUUUUUUUUUUGCAAUGCAGUAUUUUUUCAAAUGGAUUGCAGUCAAUAAUUAGUGUUCACACACUGCCUGAAGAAAUUAGUAAUGCGCAGUAAUGUUUCAGGUAAUCCUUUGGUUUAUCUGGUCCUGUGUAUUUUCAGUUAGUUCCUUUAUAGUUCUCACUAUUGUGAGACAUCUGUUUGAAAGCACUGAAUGUUGUUUUGAGAGGUUGAGUAAAUAGUAUUAGGUCUUAGGCCUCUUUCCUACCUGCACUGCAAUAUGUAAGCAGUGUUGUCUCUCGCUCCGGCUGAGCUGCUGUAGGUGACAGAUGAAACUGAAGAAAAUCCAAGGUACCCUCCCAGCAUCAACUUGAAUGCUACUUUAUGACAGAAUAAGUUUUUCUGUUAAGGGAAAAACACCAUGUGGGAAAUUCUGCACUAAAAACACUGUGCUGGUGAAGGCUAGAGCUUGGCAGGCUCUUGUAAAACAUUGGAUCCCUGUGGGUUCCAGCUGGGUCAUACCUUCUGGCAUUGGCAGGGGUACAGCUGGGGCGAGUGUUGUGCUGCUGCAUCCAAGGGUUUCCUCUUCUGAAGAGUUCAACCUGCAUUUGAUAAAAAUGUUUAUGAACCGUGCAGUUGAUCACAAAAUGGUUAAUUACUGUGAUUUUAAAUGUGUGUUAGGAGAAA